UGGAGAAAAAACUUGAAAGAUAUGGCACUCACCCUGGUUCAUGAUCUACCCUCUGUGCUUGAAGAGGUGAUGGCUAGUGUCCUGCAGAGAGAUGCAGAGGAGUUCCUGGCCACUAACGGAUGUAACAUGAGCCCUGUAAACAUCCCUGAACCAUAUGAGCACUAUGGAGCCAUUGCAAAACAACUGAGGCCUGUGAAAGUUGCCAAGUUUUGCUUUGACAUCACAGAAGAAUAUGACCUGCUAUUCCCACUAGCAACGGCAUGCAGAGGUGAUUUACUACAAAACGUAAGGACCUGCUUCAUAGAAGCGUUCAGUAAGGCAGUAAUGCCACUUCUGAGUCGGCUGCAAGAAUGGAGCAUACAGGUUCCAGACAAAGCUCCCUUAAGCACUGCACUUGUUUGCCUGUCCUCAGCCCUUCAUGUGCUUCAUCACCUUAAUCACUACAAUGAGCAACUAAGUAAAAAGCCUUUGUUUAUUGCUGCUGUCCAGCGAUAUCAGGAAUUCAUCAGCGAUCUCCAGAUUCAGGUUACAAAUUACUGUGUCAACGUUUGUGCUACAAGCCUUCUUCAGGAUGCAGAGAGCCACCACUGGGAUGACAACAAAGCAUUUUAUGAGGGGGAGCGUUGUUCAUUUUCCAUUCAGAUGUGGCACUAUUUUUGCUGCGGGCUUCGCCAUGAUCUGUGGACUGUGGUUUCACCAGUUAUUGCCCAGAAGAUCCUUUCUGAAGUCAUGGAGCAGACUUUGGCUCUGCUGACAUUUAGAUAUUGCCAGGCUCACCCUAGCUACAAGCGAGCAUCACAAAUAAGGAUUGAUGUUCUAGCCAUUCUUUCAUGUGUGGAAAACUUGCUUUGGUCAAUAUGUAGCACAGUGCGAGAACUUGUCAAGCCAACACAAAGUUUCAGAGAUGUGGUUUUUAAGAUACAUAGUUACUGUGACCGCCUGCUUACGGUUCUGACAAUCUCUGCAGCACCCCUGGAAAUGUUAACACA